UUGGAGUUUCCCUGUGCCAUUCACAGGACGUCGCUGGUUUCUCAAAUUGUUGCUACAGGGAGCCGGCCUCGACUUCUGACUGGACUCGCUGCGUCUUACUCUGUAGUCGUGCACUCUUGAUGCGGCUUUAGGAACCUGCUGCUGGCUUCUGGGCUGCAGGGCCUGGAAGGAGGCUAAUCGAGGCGGCUCGAGAACUGUCAGGGGCGUCCAGGCGUUCUUGUCGUCAUCCCACACAGCGCCAUGUCCUGGAUGUUCAAGAGACUUGCAAACGUGUAUUUGCAGAGGAGCUGAGAGAGAAAUACCCGAGGUGCAAGGACAAUGUACAGCAAAUAGCGAUUACCCAUUCUUAGGAGUAUGGAAGCUUCCCGGAGGUCCCCAACAGACAUCAUACUUUUCAUCACCCAAAGUGGUUUUCGUGCCCACUCCUGAAGUAAUCAUCUAAAAGAGGGUUGGGAAUACCCUUAAUCCAACGAGGGAUCCCGUUUGGAAGUACUUACAGACUGUCCAAUAUGGAAUCCAUGGAAAUUUCCCACGCCUUCCAUAUCCAACUUUCUUUCCACGUUUUGAAUUCCAAGAUAUUAUUCCUCCAGAUGACUUCCUAACUAGUGAUGAAGAGCUAGAUUCAGUUUUGUUUGGAAUUUUGCGAGGUCAUGUGGUUGGACUACGCUAUUACACAGGAGUAGUUAAUAAUAAUGAAAUGGUUGCAUUACAGCGAGAGCCUAAUAAUACUUAUGAUAAGAAUGCGAUUAAAGUAAAUAAUGUGAAUGGAAAUCAGGUUGGCUAUUUAAAGAAAGAUCUUGCAGCUGCUUUGGCCUAUAUUAUGGACAACAAAUUGGCACAAGUGGAAGGGGUAGUUCCUUUUGGUGCAAAUAAUACUUUUACCAUGCCUCUGCAUAUGACUUUUUGGGGAAAAGAAGAAAAUAAAAAAGCAGUUUUAGAUCAGUUGAAGAAACAUGGAUUUAAAUUGGGUCCUGCACCAAAAACUUUAGGAUUCAGUUUUGAAAGUGGUUGGGGCUCUGGAAGAGCUGGACCAAGUUAUAGUAUGCCAAUUCAUGCUGCAGUACAGAUGACAACUGAGCAGCUUAAAACAGAAUUUGACAGAUUGUUUGAAGAUUUAAAAGAAGAUGAUAAAACUCAGGAAAUGGAACCAGCUGAGGCUAUUGAAACGCCAUUGCUUUCACAUCAAAAACAAGCUUUAGCUUGGAUGAUUUCACGAGAAAACAGUAAAGAACUUCCACUGUUUUGGGAACAGCGAAAUGACUUAUACUAUAACACAAUAACAAAUUUUUCUGAGAAGGAGCGACCAGAAAAUGUCCAUGGAGGAAUUUUAGCUGAUGAUAUGGGCUUGGGUAAAACUCUUACAGCUAUUGCAGUAAUUCUUACCAACUUCCAUGAUGGCAAACCCCUUCCUGUUGAAAGAAUUAAGAAGAAUCAACUGAAGAAGGAAUGUAAGGAAUAUAGUGUUAGCCAUGAGUCUAUGAAGCUUGGAGGAAACAGUACCAGUGAAAAGGCAGAUGGACUAAGCAAAGUAGAAGGAUCUAGAUGUAAUGAAGAACCCAGUAUUUCACAUAUUAAGAAGAAUAAGUAUUCCAUAUCAGAAUUCUUUAGCUCCCAUCCCAAAAGAAGAAAAAUUACUGCCCAGCACAUUGAAAGCAGUGAUUCAGAGGAAAUUGAGACAAAUGAAUUGCCACACAAAAUAAAAGGAAAACUGAAAAAUGUGCAGUCAGAGAAUAAAAGGCUAAAAGCAGGAUCAUCUAAGAAAGAAGAUGCAACAUUUUCACUUACCUCACCUCCGAUGGCGAAAAAGAAAAUGUUAAAAAAGGGAACAUCUACAGUAGACAGUUCAAAGAAAAGUAAUGUUGAAGAGAGACCAAGAACAACACUGAUCAUUUGUCCACUUUCUGUGUUAAGCAACUGGAUUGACCAGUUCGGACAACAUAUAAAAUCAGAAGUGCAUUUGAAUUUUUAUGUUUAUUAUGGUCCUGAUCGUAUUAGAGACCCAGCCUUGCUUUCAAAACAAGAUAUUGUUUUGACCACAUACAAUAUUUUAACUCAUGACUAUGGAACUAAAGGUGAUAGUCCACUGCAUAGCAUAAGGUGGCUAAGAGUGAUCCUGGAUGAAGGGCAUGCCAUACGAAAUCCAAAUGCCCAGCAGACAAAAGCUGUUCUUGAUUUAGAAGCAGAAAGAAGAUGGGUAUUGACAGGUACUCCUAUCCAGAAUUCUUUAAAGGAUUUGUGGUCUCUUCUUUCCUUUUUAAAACUUAAACCAUUUCUUGAUAGAGAAUGGUGGCAUAGAACAAUACAGCGUCCCGUUACAAUGGGAGAUGAAGCAGGACUUAGGCGCUUACAGUCCCUAAUUAAAAAUAUCACACUUAGACGAACAAAGACAAGUAAAAUUAAAGGAAAACCUGUUUUGGAGUUACCAGAACGUAAAGUAUUCAUUCAGCACAUUACACUUUCAGAUGAAGAGAGAAAGAUUUAUCAGUCUGUGAAAAAUGAAGGCAAAGCUACUAUUGGAAGGUAUUUUAAUGAAGGAACUGUCCUUGCACACUAUGCAGAUGUCCUGGGUCUUUUGCUUAGAUUGCGGCAGAUUUGUUGUCAUACUCACCUUCUUACAAAUGCAGUGUCAUCCAGUGGUCCUUCAGGAAAUGAUACACCUGAAGAACUGAGAAAGAUGUUAAUAAAGAAGAUGAAAUUAAUUCUGAGCUCUGGUUCAGAUGAAGAAUGUGCAAUUUGCCUGGAUUCUUUAACAGUUCCUGUGAUAACACAUUGUGCACAUGUAUUUUGUAAACCUUGUAUUUGCCAAGUCAUUCAGAAUGAGCAGCCACAUGCUAAAUGCCCUUUAUGCAGAAAUGAUAUUCAUGGAGACAAUUUACUAGAAUGUCCUCCAGAAGAAAUGACAUGUGACAAUGAAAAAAAGUCUAAUAUGGAAUGGACAUCCAGUUCAAAGAUUAAUGCUCUUAUGCAUGCUUUGAUUGACUUAAGAAAGAAGAAUCCCAACAUAAAGAGUUUAGUGGUUUCUCAAUUUACAGCAUUCCUAUCUUUAAUAGAAACACCACUUAAAGCCUCUGGAUUUGUGUUUACUCGUUUGGAUGGUUCUAUGGCCCAAAAAAAGAGAGUUGAAUCAAUUCAGUGUUUUCAAAACACUGAAACAGGAUCUCCAACUAUAAUGCUCCUGUCCUUAAAAGCAGGUGGAGUUGGUUUGAAUCUUUGUGCAGCUUCUCGAGUGUUUUUAAUGGAUCCAGCCUGGAAUCCUGCUGCUGAAGAUCAGUGCUUUGACAGAUGCCAUCGACUUGGCCAGAAGCAAGAAGUUAUUAUCACAAAAUUCAUUGUGAAGGAUUCUGUUGAAGAAAAUAUGCUGAAAAUACAAAAUACGAAAAGAGAACUUGCAGCUGGAGCUUUUGGAACUAAAAAGACAAACGCUAAUGAAAUGAAACAAGCUAAAAUUAAUGAAAUCAAAACUUUAAUUGAUUUAUAAUAUGUGGGAUUUUAGUAAGGUCAGUUCUAUCAGAUACGUAAGUGUUGGAAAUGAGAAAAGAUUUAAGAAUGAGAUCUAGAAUGUCUUCCAUGAGGAGCAUACUGUUUUACAUUAGUAAACAGGUAUUACUGACACUUAAUGUCUUUUAUAUAAUGGAUGUAUUUUCAGUGAUAUUUCAAAUAGCAAUAAGUUCUGUUAUAUAUUGUGGCCUAAAAUAAUUUUUUUGAGAUAAAAAGUGACUUUCUUAUUCAACUUUUCAUAGAGAACUCUGUGCUGAGUUUUUUUUCAUAUAUCUUCUAAGUACUCAGCUUUUUCCUGUUCCAAAUAAGGUCAGAUCUUUUAUUCUUUGACCAAUGGAGACUUUUCUAUGUAGGAUACAUUUGGCUUUUCAACAAAGCCUCUGAUUUGUGAUGCAGUGGGUUCAUAAUCCUUGUAAAGGAUGGAUACACACACACACACACACACACACACACACACAUGAUUUUAUUGGACUUUCAAAACUUACUUGCAUUAUUAAGAGACCAAAUUCUAGGUUAACAAAUUAGUUGGAAUUUUUCUUUUAAACAACUUCAGAUAUAAUUUAUAUAUGUAACUUUUUUUUUCUCCAGUACUGGGGAUAGAACCCAGGGCCUUAGCACUGAGCCCUGCUGCUGUAUUUUGAGACAGCGUCUUGCAAAAAUCACUAAGUUGCCCAGGAUGGACUUGAAUUUGUGAUCCUUCUAUUUUAGCCUCCUGGAGUGCUAGAAUUAUAAACAUGUGCCACCACACCCAGCUCAUAUAUGGAACUUGAAAGUUUAGGUUUUGAAAAAUUAGGGACCAUGUUAGAGCACUAUUUUCUCCAUUUUAAUCAAGUGGUACUGCAUUCAUUGUUUAAAUGUAACUUGAUACAAACAGGGUGUAAAUGUAGUCUGCAGGGGUAAGAGGAACCAAUUCUACCUAAUUUAAUUUGAAUAUUUAAAUUAUGGAAUUUAAAUAGAUAUUUCUAUAAAUAGACUUUUUAUUUAUGUAGCUUUUUUUGGAAAUAACUUUAUAAAUUUUUAUAAUUCAGAAGACUUCUGUAUGUGAAAGGCGUGAUAUCUGGAUGGAAGUUGGGCUGGAUGACCUCCAAAGUCGUUUCAACUCUUAAAGACAUCUUAAUCCCGAAUGUAAAAAUUUCUUUGUUAUGUGUGUUUGAAAUCAGAAUUUAAUUUUGUAAUUUAAGUAAUUCAUUCUUGCAUUUUUGUUGUUGUCAUAAUCAAAUUCAUAGUAGUUGCCACAGAAUUCUAGAUGACUCUGAGUCAUAUUUAAAAGAAGCUAGAAUUUUAGCAGUUGUGUUAGGUAGUCCACGGUUUUAUUUCCUUAAAUUUUUUUAAUCCAAAGAGAUUACUGUAAUAAGGGAUGCUUCGUACUUGAUACAGAGUAACACCUAAAAUUUUACUUAUAGUGUCAGAAGUGACUUGAAAGAUAAUAGAGGCAACAUUGUGUUAUAGGGCACAUAUGUAAUCUGUCAGAUGUCACCAGCUAAGUCCUCUCUCUCUCCUCCCUGGGUCCUGUCUCUUGCUCCAAGGAAACAAAUUAGCCUUCAAAAAUCUUGUCUCUUUUUUCUCAGAGGUAACAGAAAGUAGAGGACUCAUUUUCAUUAACAUCAAGAAAGACCUUUCUGCAGGGAUGAGAAUGAAUUAACUUGGGGCUGGUCAGCUACCAUUAGGAGCCCUAGGGAAAUAUUUUACCUUGUAGGUCUAGUAUUACAAAAAAAAAAUCAGGUUGAUCAGAAUCUCAUUAAACGUGUAAUACGGUUUCUCAGUAUACCAGUAUUUCAGUGAGAUUAUGGAUAAACAGAAUUUUUUGAAAAAAUAAAAAAAACCAAUAGUCUAUUCUUCAUGAUUACAGAAGCAGAGCCAUUCACUUCAGCUAUAAAGAUGAAGCAUCUUGCUUCUUUACCCAAAUACAUAAGAGUUAUGCUUUUAAACAUGUAAGUUUGGCAAGUCAUUUAAAAAUGUUGUUUUGUACAGUCCUUUUAAGUGGUGUUAAAAAAAUUCAUCCCAAUAUAUAAACUACUGCAAUGAAAACUAUGCUAUGCUGUUAAUUCACUUUUAUUAUUAUAUAGAAUAAUAGCUCUAGAAAUAUAUUGAAAGCAUUGUAUUCCCACUUGUGGUUCAAACUAAAUUUUGUGGUUUAAACUGGAUUGUGUCUUAAAUUUAAAAUAAAUGUUUCAAAAAUUGA